AUGCCUUAUAUACGCAUGCUAAUGCUUGCACCGGAACUUCGAAGACAUUGGCUGAUGCUUCCAACGGAACCUCGAAGACAUCGCCUGGGGGGUCGCCCUGAUUGUGUAUUCCGAAUCGGUGGUGAAGACUUCGCCCCAGCUGAAACGUUUGCUGGAAUGAAAUUCCAGAAACGAUUGGUCCUCCCGGAAGCCACGCCAAUGAAGACAGAUGUCGUGGGUCCCGAUCCCAGCCAGGUUGUUCGACGAUUAAAAUCGCUAACACCACUGCUUUUGACAGUCGAUCCGGAUGGCGACGAACGCUAUGAUGGUGGUAGAAAGCUUAGGAUUGUCUCGUAA